AUGGAAAACGUGAUGGAUAGUAUUUCUUGUCAUCGUAUCCAUUUUUAUGAAUAUCAGCCAUCUCCAUUUUUGUGCCUUGCUAAAAACGAGUUUGGCUUAAUUGCCGCUGGCAGAGAGGAUGGCUCGGUUGAUGUGUAUGAUGAAAACCGCGAUUUUUUCAUGGUUGGACAUUUCCCAUGCGGAGUGUGUUGUUCUGUAGAAUCAUUGGUAUGGAUACAAUCCAGAUUAUUCUGCACAGGAGCACUAGGUCGUCUUGUAGAGCUUGAUAUGCGGACUUCAAAUAUAAAAGGUUCCUGUUUGUUGGUAGGAAGUCCUGCUGCUCGAUGUAUGGCUGUAUUUGGAGAUCAGAUAAUUGUAGGCAACGACGAGGGGUUUAUAACAUUCUUUUCAGUUGAAGGUUCUGAACCAGCCCCAAUUUUCACCAUUCCAAAGCUUCCAGGUAAAAUAUUAUCUCUUGCUUGCACUGGUAAAAAGAAAGCUAUUUUGGCAACUGGGACAAGCACAGGUUCACUUUUGCUUAUAUCCAUCCGAGAUAAAGUUUCUAAACUGAGAUUCACUCUAACGGAAUCAUCUAAGUCUUGUUUUAUUUGGACUUUACUGUUUGCUCGUGGUCUACUGUUUUCUGGGGAUAGUAGAGGCGUAGUAAGUAUUUGGGAUAUAUCUGUUGGCGGUCAACUUUUCAGUUUUUCUUGCCACCAUGCGGAUGUUCUCACUUUGGCCUCCAACCCUGAUGGCUCCAUUAUUUUUAGUGGUGGAGCAGAUGCAAUUAUAAGGAGAUUUGAAUAUACCAUAUCCGAAAAUGGAGAAGGUCAGUGGCAAUGUAGUGGUUUGAUAAGAGGAUGUAGACGUGAUAUUCAUGGAAUAGCAUUUAUUCCCGGUCAUCAUCAUGAUCCCAGUACAGAUGAUUCUGUCUCAGAUCAUCGGUUUGAACCACAUCGCCUCCUUGCUGUUGGACAAGAUGCUCGUUUACAGGUGCUGUCAUGUGAAUCAGUUGAAACAGGUGUUGGAGGUUUUGCUCGAGCUGAAAAAACUUUAGCUAUUAAUGUUGGGAGACCACGUAAACGACAGAAAGGUCAUAUUGCCUAUGCUGCUGCACUGCCAUUUUGGCCUGCUUCUAUUGCAUCUGCUCGCCCAUUACCUGCACGUUUUAUAACUCUAGCUGAAGAGUCGACACAUGGGGCUUUUGGUGAUCAGAUAGGUGCUUCCCGGCAUUUAUGUCUUUUGCACUAUAGAGACAAUUAUGUUUAUUUGGGUCCCCUUCAAAUUGUUGAAGUUCGUCCAUCAAAAGGUAUAGAAUUUAUUGAGUCCACCUUAUCUUCGUGUGGAUGUUUUAUCGCCUAUAGUGACUUUGAACGAACUCGGCUGCUCAAUUUGGAUGUGGCAUAUAAAAACAAGCGCGGCAAGUUAUGUAUAUCCAAAUCGAAAGUUAAACCAGUUGAGUGGCAGACUAGUGUACAGAAUUCAACUAUUGUCGGUAAUAAACUUCGUGGUAAACGAAUGCGUUUAGAUAGCUAUGGCAAAUCAUCGUCAAACACUUCAUCUUCAGAGACUGAAACAGAUACAGAUGAAGUUUUAAAUGAUGAUGAUAUCUUGAGUUACUUCACCAUGGAUAAGUCAUUUCAUUCGUCUACUGGAAAGGAACAAAUUGUACUUUCAUCUGCUGAUGAUUCAUGUGACUUUUCCUCUUCAGAGCAAAACAAAGCUGUUGGUAUAUCUAUCCCGCCUUCCUGUUCGAUGACAUUUACUCCGAAUUCAGAGUUUUUAUUACUAGUUACUCAAAAAAGUGGAAAAUUCAUGUGUAUUUCUGUAGGUGAUGGCAGUAUCCUAUGGGAGCGUAAUGUUGAUCAAGAUAAUUCAACUGUUCGAGCUCAUAUAAUUUCAAUUUCAAAAUUUGCCAUGGAUCUUGGUUACUUAGUAGCACUUGGUUGCUCUGAUGGACGUGUACGCUUAUACGACUCGUUAACUGGCUCUGUGAUAUUCAUUUGUUCAUGUGUUGAUUCUGUUUCUGGACAUUCACCUUUACCAGUGUCUAUUGUAUUUCCAUCCAUUAAUGAACAACAGUCAGUAACUGAGAAUCAGGUGUCUAGGAUGAAGUUUUCUGUUUUGUAUACAAACAGUCAAUUAAGAGAAUGGACUAUAACUAUUAAACAGACUGAUAAUUCAACAGAAUCAGCUGAUUCUGACCACUCAUCAGUUCCUCCUGCAUUAUCAACAAGACAUAUUAAUGUUGAACUAAAUAAGUGGCUGGUUAAACUCUGGCGUACUAUGGGCAAUGAAAUUUCACGCAAUUUAGGUGUAUUUCAUAGUGUGGAUUAUAUUGGAUCGAACAAGUGGAUGUUGGCCUCAGAUCGUUAUUUAAUUAUUCUAGUUCCUCACAAAAAUUUUAAACCUGGUAUGAUUAGUGAGAUUCUUUCAAAAAAGCGAACUCCAGACCAAGAUUACUGCAUGUAUAUUUCAGCAAGUAUAAAGAGUAUCAUUCAAGCUAAAGUUCUAUCGGAGUCAGAGCUCGCAGUUAUUUCUAUUCACUCUGGAAACAUAGCUCUCCAAUUGGCGUCACCAUUAUUAAGAAAAGUUUUUGGAGCCUAA